UGACCAAAGGACUGUUACUCUUCCACACUGUUUCAUUCUUUUUAUUUCUCUAAUGGAGCUGCAUCCUGACCUAAUUUUAAAGUCUCUUUUACACAGACAACAUCAUCUUGUCUGAACUUUAAAUGCCUAGCAGUUUUCUGACACUGUAAAAGAAAGGUGUACAUUCUAAAGACCUACUUCUGUCAGAGAUUGUUCCUAACUGUACUUUCCAGAUUCAAAUAUCAUCCUUUUCAUUGCAGCAGUGGAGAUAAAAAGGACAUCAGACAGAAAAAAUUUCCUCUCUGCAAAGGAAGGUGCCUGCAGCUUGCACAUCUCUGACCACUUAUUCAAGAAAUACUGGCAUAAAUGAGAAAUUCAACAUGUCUUCUUCAGCCAUCGUCAGCUACUACUGUAGCUCUACCAGUCAUCUACUCUUUCCUAUUUCCUCUUGGAAGUUUUGGAAAUGUUCUCACUGCCUGGGCAUUUUCAAGGCAAGCACCCACAAAAAGAACACAAUACAUUUACCUUGUAAACCUUGUCACUGCAAACUUACUCAUAUGUAGCACAAUGCCUUUUCUGGUUGCCUAUUUUGCGAGAGGGUACCAAUGGACUUACAACUCUGCAGUAUGUAAAAUAGCAAAUCACUUUGGGACUGUCAUUAUGCACGUCAGUAUGUAUGUUACAAUUGUAAUUUUAUGUUCAACUGCUCUAAAUCAGUAUGCAACACUGAAGAAAAAUAGCGAUGCGCAAUAUUCUCCAGCAUUUAAUAAAAACUUCUACAGAUGUGUGCUUGAAAAGUUUCGUCAGCCAAAAUUUGCUAAAUAUUUGUGCCUCAUUAUAUGGCUUACUGUGCUCUGCAUAACAGUAACAGCUAUAACAUAUAAUGUCCAGGCAAGGGCUAAGGAAGAAUUUCACGGAUGCUACAACAUCAGGGUAGAAGUUGGUGAAUUUACCACAAUGAUUGCAGCUUGUUUGGCCACUGCAUGUUUUUUUAUAUCUUUUAUGACAGUUUUGUUGUCAUAUUAUUCUCUUACCAGGCAUUUGAGCAAAAUACAAAAAACCACUUGUAUUGGGGAAAAACAUCUAAUUUACCACACAGUGAAAAGAAACAUUCUUGUCAUUCAGAUGAUACUAACUGUCUGCUUUCUUCCAUAUCAUAUUUUUAGGCCAAUUUUUUAUGUACUGAUUACAAAUAAUGAUUGCUCAAGGUUAAACUAUCUAGUGGAAAUAAAAAAUUUCCUUACUUGUCUUGCUGCUCUUAAAAGUAGUUUAGAUCCAGUUAUAACCCUUCUGAUUGAUAAAACAUUUAGGAAAAGUCUGUAUGGCCUAUUUACAAAAUCCACACAAAAACAUCACAAACAUAAAGCUGCUGUUUUCACUGAAGACUCCCAAAGUGUGAAGGAAUAUGGGAAGAAUACAAGUAACAAUAAACUCAUUUCAACUACCUAUAAUAAGACUUUUAUAUGAAAUGGUAAAUAUUUAAAUAAAAUUAGAACACAAUGCUUGUAUUUUGUUUAAAAGUUAUCUUGCUUUCAACACCAAC